AUGGGUCUGUCUAUGGAACACCUGAAGCAACGCAACGCCUGGCGCCGUUCGCAUUAUGCCUACAAACGGGAUGAAGUGCCGGAAACGAACUCGACCGCACUCCUUGUGGGAGCUAUAGGGGUCGAAUCGUCGACACCGUCUGGGAGCGAGGAGAACGAGAUGACGUCUGGUGAGAAGGCGAUCACUGCUGUCGUUGUGAUUGUCGUCCUGGCCAUUGUAGGUAUCGUGGCGUGGAGAGUCGGAAAAUGGCGCCGCGCGAAGGCUCGCGCGGCCUCGUCGAAAAUCAACAUUUCGCUCAUAGGGGAGCGACACGGGGAGAAGGCGGUCCACAUCGACUUUGACCGUGCUGGCCAGGAGAUAGAGAAGCCCAAGAUGCAUGUUGUCUUGCCUACCGCACCCGCAGCCAGUGCACAGACGGGAAGACAAUGGACGUACACACUCCCAGGUGUGCGCCCUUUCCCGUCCACCGACGAGCGCAGCUCUCGUUCGCCGCCUCCCUUGUACACUGCCGCCCCACUAACCGCAACAAAUUCUGCGACAUCCGCAACACGCAUACUGCCACCCAUGUUGAAUAUUCCUGCGGGUCCUCAGACGGCCAAGUUCAUGAUGCCGAGCCCGCGCUCCGCGUCGUUUGGGUCCAACUCGCCCUGGAACAAAGCUGCGCCGCUCACUGCCAAAACACCGAGCAAGUCGCGGCUGAGCAUGAAGCCACUUCCACGUACGAUGGUCGUCGAGAGCACAUUCGAACCCUCGCUCGCCGACGAACUGGUCAUCAAGGUCGGCGAGCAGCUGCGCAUGCUCGAGGAGUAUGAAGAUGAGUGGUGUCUCGCUCAGCACAUCACUGGUAGCCCCGACGCGCCCAAGGGUGUUGUCCCCCGCUUCUGCCUCCGCGAGCUGGCCUGA